UCCGUUAGGUGAGAAAUACAAAGUGACAAAGUGACCAAAUUAUUGCAAUUUCGUGCAAUUUAAUGUUCCACGUGAUCGGGACAAUAAUUUUGAUUUAUACAACUUUGAAAGUGACAUAAAAGUCAUAACAAUUGUGACAAAGGAAUAAACCUUAUCGUUUCAAUAAAAUACGAAAGAAAAUGUUAUGGAAAAGAAAUUUUGGAUUAUUAAAAAGGAGGGCACACGUGGUGACCGGAAAGAGGGGGGCAAGCGAGGACGCAAGCCCGGAAGGAAAGCGUCCGACAAGACGGACAUGAAAGCGAAGCUUGGGAUGCAGAGAAAGCGACACGAAGCUAUAGAACGAAGCCGGCAGAGCGCGAGAGAGUGCCGUGCUCGUAAAAAGUUGAGAUAUCAGUACCUGGAAGAGCUUGUCGCCGAUAGAGAAAAGGCCGUGAUGGCCCUCCGAAAGGAGCUAGACAUGUAUCGUUUUUGGGGACAGGAGUUGGAUGCAGGUCGAGUUCCUGAGGGAAUACAAGCGAUGCUGGAGGAACUUGGAACCAUGAAAAAAGAGACGAACAACAACUAGAGGAAAAAAAACCAAGUGCCUUCCAGCAAAAAACUCCAAAAAAAAAAUCCUUUGUUUUAUGUUUUAAGGGUGUUUACGCUUUAAAGUUGUGUUUUUUUUCCUCAAUGUUAAGCAGUUAACAUUUUUUCAAACUCGAUCUUCCUGUAGAAAUAAUCGUUUUAUUACCUCUGGAAGGUAAAUUACGUUAUUAAUUUUUUUCCAUUUUAUUUGGAUUUUUUAAAGUACCUGAAUCACUUUUACAGUCUCUCCCUCCUGUAAAUUUAUUUUUUUUCUCCUUUUUUUUGUCAAAGUUCUAUAUCAGAGAUCUACUAGAGAGUUUAGUUGUUAUUCUAGAAGAAAAAAGAAAAGAGGCUCUGAUCCGUUGUUUCUGUUUUUUUACACUCUCAUUAAAUGUGAAUAUAUUUUUUUAUUUUAUUCAUAAAAAGGCAUUAAAAUAGAGAAUCAUUUUUUUGUCUUAGAAAUAGAGAUUUUAUUUUUAUGUAUUAUUUUUUUUUUGAUUUAAUCAAAAUAUAUACAUACAGAAAUAUAAUACAAAAAAAAUUGCUAUAUUUUUAUCAGAGUUACGCUUUUAGAAUUCUUUUAUUGAAAGAGUAUCGAGGAAAUAGUCUUUUUUUAUACUUGAUAGUAAUAAUAAUAUUGAAAAAGAAAAAAAUAAAUAACUCGUGAGAAUCGUCCCUUGAAAAGAAACAGAAUGAAUAUAAUUGUAUGGAAUUUUCAAAUACUGUUUACUAUUAGAGCUAUUAAUGUGAAUAAUGAUGAAUUAUUAUUUUCUGUCACUUUUCAAGAAAUGUGCUGUAAUUAUUGUACCAUUGUUGUAAUAAUAGUUAAGAAGUCCAUUGUACAUUGUAAAUUAAAACUGCAUUAUGUAUACAGAAAA